UCAAACCCCUUCCAAAAAAAGAAAAGAAAAGAAAAAGAGCAAUUCAUAAUUCAUAAACAUACUCACUCCCGCGUCCCGCCACUGGCAUAUUUUCAGUGUAUCUUCGAGACUAGGCUUCAGGGCUCCAUUCAUUGGUGACAAUUUGACAGUCCGUGACUCUGAAAAUGGCGGAGGUGAAGCGGUGGAGCGUGACAUACACAAAGCACGUGAAACAGAAGCGCAAGGUUUACCAAGACGGUUUCUUAGACCUCCACUUCUCCACCAACAAGGUCAUGCUCUACGAUGAUUGCGAGAAGCUAUUGGAAUGCAGAAUCUUGAAGACAGAUGAAGCAGUUAGUUGCGGUGAAACACUGACAUUCAAUGCAUAUCUCAUUGAUGUUGGCGAACCUGAGGGUGAUCAUAAGCCUACAAUAUCUGGUUUGAAUUGUCAAGGAAGAGAUGAGAAAAUCACUGAGAAACCGAAUCAUUGGCGUGGACAAAAGUUUAGGAAUCAUUCGGUUUCUUUUGAUAGAAAGAACAAUGUGGAGAUGAACAAAGCACGGCCAACUUUGAGCCCAUCACAGAAGAUUAUUAGAGAGUUUAAGAAGAGCGAACUGCACAAGUAUAAAGCACCACAGAGUAGUCCAGAUACAAAAAAACCAAGCGCAACAGAAUGGCAGGUUCUGUACACUACACAAGUAACUCAGAAGGCCAAAAAGUAUCAUGAUGGAUUUCUACGACUUCCAACAUGCGGAACUCUUGGGAGGCAGGUGAUGCUAUUUGAUGCAAGCAGAAAACUAUUAGAUAGCAGGUUCCUUAAGAAAGAUGAAGUAAUAAGAUCUGGUAAAUCAGUAGCUUUUGAUGGUCAUUUGGUUGAAGUUGGAGAACUUGAUGGAGACCAUAAGCCUCUCAUGGAUUUGAAUGUUCAAGGAAACAAUCUCAAUGUUGUUAAGAAAAAUGGGAUAAUGCAUGGACAAGAGAACUUUAUUAACCUCAAUAAACCUGUUGGCCAAGAGUUCGAGAAGAGUGAACUGGACAAGUAUGGAGCACCAAAGAGUAUUCAGGAUGCAGAAAAUACUAGUUUAACAGAAUGGCAGGUCCUGUACACUACACAAUUAACUCAAAAAGCCAAGAAGUAUCAUGACGGUUUCUUGCGACUUGCAAUUUGCGGCUCCCUGGGGAGGCAGGUGUUGCUAUAUGAUGCAAGCAGGAAACUUAUAGAUAGCAGGUUUCUGAAGAAAGGUGAAGCUAUAAGACCUGGUGAAUCAAUAGCAUUUGAUGCUCAUUUGAUUGACAUUGCAGAACCUGAAGGAAACUAUAAAUCUCCAGCAGAUUUGAUUCAUUUGAAUAUUCAAGGGAAAGAUGGAAAUAUCAUUAAAAAAUCAGGAUUAAUGCAUGGGCAACAGGAUUGUCAUAAAGACAGAAAAUCCGUUGUAAAGGAAUGGCAUGCUCUAUAUACUAGUCAGAUAACUCAAAAGGCCAAGAAAUAUCACAACGGAAUCCUCAAAAUUGCCUUUUGUGGCUCUUUCCGGAUGCAGGUUACCUUACUGAAUGAAGAUAAAACCAUCCUGAGCAGUAAAUUCCUCAGUUUAUCAGAAGACAUGAGCACGGGAAGUAUGCUGGAACUACCAAAAUAUUUGGUGGAGGUUGGUGAGCCAUAUAUAAGUCCUGAAGGGGCACUGCAAAUCAAUGCACAUUCAGAAAAAGAUUCAGAUUCAAAAUUUAGCAUCUCUAGUGUAGAUGAGAUCAAAUUAAGCAGCAGAGUACCUACAGAAAAGCCUUUGCGUGACGCCCAUAAAAUCUUGUCUUUCCUCCAAAAACCUACGGCUUGGGGAAGCAAUGUUGUAGGCAAUAUGGAUGACUGCAAAAUUGAACCAGCUUCCUCUACUAAGGGACAUCAAUUUUCAGAUGUUAUUGUACUGGAUUUUCCUGAAGAUGGUGAAAUAGUGAGAGCAUCUUUGCAAUGUCAUGAAUCAAAUCAAAAUGCAGGUGUUGUGGAAUCAAGUCAAAAUUUAGGCAUGGGAGAAUCAAGUAAAAAUAUAGGCAUUGGGAAUUCCCCUGAUCUUAUGUCUUGGGAAGCAACAUCUAGUUGUAAUGGCAGUGAAUUGUCCAAGGGUGUCAACCAUGGAAACUCCCACCAGCCUUGUUCAGACAAAGUUGAAGCUGAUGCCAAGUGGUGUGAUGGAGAUUUUGCUUUUGGUAAAUCAAGCUUGACUGCUUCUGCUUCUCAUGGUCUUAUUGAUGAUGUAAGGAAGACUUCUAUGCAGCAUACAUGUACAAGGGAAAUAGAUGACUGUCCUAGUUUUGAUCUAGGAUUUUGAAAAUUAUCUGAUACAUAACAAUUUACCAUAUAUCUGUGAUGUGCUGUUAUCUUGAAUGAGCUAAUCACUCACAUAGAGCCUACUCAAUAUUUUGUCACAUAAUUCACACAAUUGUACAUGCAUGGGAGGCAGUAUUAAGACCAAAAUAACCCAACUGUUGUGUUUC